AGCACCAGCGCUUUCAGCAGUACUUUCCUCCAGCUUGGACACUGAGAGCAUCUCUAUGAUGGACUGUGGAACGGAAAGUCGAGGCGAGUUCUGGCAUUUGCACUUGUUCUUUUGAUAAGGCAAUUAGAUUUUGGAGCGCGAUCCCGUAUCAUGUUCCCAGGCGCGCGCACUCUUAUGUAGCCAACGCGAAAUUCGGACGUUCAGCACUUGCAUCUUCAUCGGCGAUCUUCAUCUUCACCAUCUUCAUCAGACGUCGAGCCAAAAGUCAUGGAUGUAUGGUUGUGUUCGGCGGUUCCAGUGUUCACCUGGAGGCUUUUCUUUCUUUCAAGCAUCUUCCAGGGUUAUUGGAGCUCCAUGCUCGAUUGUCCACCAACAUGCAGCUGCUCGCCCACUGAGAUCUAUUGCAAUAAGUCCGACGUUGGAAAUUUCUUCCCUUUACUUGCUCUGCAAGAGUCGGCGGGCAAUGGCAGUAACAAUAAUGACAUUGAAGAGCUCUUCAGGAACAUCACGUCCAUACACAUAGAGAACUGGACUGGAUUGCAGAUUCUUAGGGAUGUCGACAUGGAGCUCUACACAGGACUCCAGAGACUGACAAUAAUUAACUGCAAUCUACGGCAGAUCCAGCCACGUGCAUUCACACGGAACCCUCACCUUCGCUACAUAAACCUGUCCAGGAAUCCUCUGGCGUCUCUUUCUUGGCAGCUUUUCCAGCACCUUCAGCUGGUUGAACUGAGGCUGGAGGGGGUUGUCUUUGACUGCGGCUGUAAGAUUCGAUGGAUUCAGCUGUGGCGGCUGCGAGGUGAAGCUGGUCUGCACACCCAGCAACUCUACUGCAAAGACGGCGCAUCCAAGAUUAGCCUGAGAUCAAUGAGCAUUGCACACUGUGAUCUGCCAGAUAUCAGUGUUGCUCACAGUAACCUGACGGUGCUGGAGGGAGAAAACGUGACGCUUGGCUGUAACGGCUCGGGUUCUCCUGUACCUGAAGUGGACUGGGCUGUGAAAGGCCUUCACUCCAUCAACACACACCAGUCAAAAGUCUACCUGCCCAACAUUCACUCCAUCACCCUGACGCUGGUUAACGUGAGCAGAGACGACAAUGGAUUUGUUCUGACCUGCAUCUCGGAGAAUGUGGUCGGGAUGAACAACGUGUCCCUUCAGCUGGCUGUGCUCUUUCCUCCAGUCAUCCUGAAGCUGGACGAGCCGGAGCGCCGCCAUCACACCUGUAUCGAGUUCACGGUCAGAGGUUUUCCUCAUCCCACACUGCACUGGUUCUACAAGGGCCGCGAGAUCCUGCAGAGUGAAUAUAUCCGUAUGGAGAUGGACUACUACCAGGAUUACUUAGAAGGCUGCUUGACUUUUGAGAACCCGACGCAUUAUGACAAUGGAAACUACACCCUAGUGGCCACAAACUCUCUUGGAUCGGUUAGCAAAACUGUCUUUGGCCAUUUUCUUGAUCCACCGUUCAUGGAGGAUGACGGAAUAAUGGAGUACAAUCCACCACCUGAGGAUGAGGGGAAGAGACCUGAAGAUUCAUUUGGAAUGUCGAUCGCUGUUGGUCUGGCUGGCUUCGGAUGCGUCUUCCUCAUAGUGAUUUUCGUCCUCAUCAACAAAUACAGCAGACGCAACAAAUUUGGAAUAAAAGGCCCAGUGACAGUCAUCAGUGUGGAGGAAGACUCUGCGAGCCCUCUUCAUCAUGUGAAUCAUGGUAUUGUCACACCCUGCUCUCUCGAUGCCGGACCUGAUGCUGUUGUGAUCGGCAUGAGUCGCAUUCCUGUCAUCGAGAACCCGCAGUACUUUCGACAUGGUCACAACUGCAACAAGCCCACCACCUAUGUGCAGCAUAUUAAACGGAGGGACAUUGUUCUGAAGAGGGAGCUGGGCGAAGGAGCUUUCGGGAAGGUGUUUCUGGCCGAAUGCUACAACCUCAGUCCAACUAAAGAUAAGAUGCUGGUGGCUGUGAAGACUCUCAAAGACCCGACCCUGACGGCCAGAAAAGACUUUCAACGGGAGGCUGAGCUGCUCACGAACCUCCAGCACGAGCACAUUGUCAAGUUCUACGGUGUGUGUGUGGACGGCGACCCUCUCAUCAUGGUGUUUGAAUACAUGAAGCAUGGAGACCUCAAUAAGUUUCUGAGAGCACAUGGUCCGGAUGCCAUGAUCCUGGUGGAUGGCCAGCCAAUGCAGUCGAAUGGGGAACUGGGCCUUUCGCAGAUGCUGCAUAUCGCUACACAGAUAGCGGCAGGCAUGGUCUACCUGUCCUCGCAGCAUUUUGUGCACCGAGACCUGGCCACCCGCAACUGCCUCGUGGGGAAUGGGCUGCUGGUGAAGAUUGGAGACUUCGGGAUGUCCAGAGACAUUUACAGCUCGGAUUACUAUCGAGUGGGAGGUCACACCAUGCUGCCCAUACGCUGGAUGCCUCCGGAGAGCAUCAUGUACAGAAAGUUCUCCACUGAGAGCGAUGUAUGGAGCUUCGGAGUCAUCAUGUGGGAGAUCUUCACCUAUGGGAAACAGCCAUGGUUUCAUUUAUCCAAUAAUGAGGUCAUCGAAUGCAUUACCCAAGGUCGGGUUCUAGACAGGCCUCGCCUGUGUCCUAAGGAGGUGUACGACCUCAUGUUAGGCUGCUGGCAACGAGAGCCUCAACAACGAUUGAACAUCAAAGACAUUCAGAAAGUCCUUUACGCUCUGGGAAAAGCCACGCCUGUCUACUUGGACAUCCUCGGCUGAGACUGGUGCAAAAAUCUGGCGCCAGAAUCCAACACAAUCCAGGAAUAACCAAACAAGCCCUUUCCCCGCGUCGGCGCUCCACUGUAAAAACACCAACACGUCGGAGAUGGACUUUAAGUGCCUGCAACACUUUUUUUCAAUACACUGGGUAUACAUAAAAAAAAAUAAGAAAAAUAUUUAAAAACAAACUUUUACAUUUUGUUUACUGGUACAGUAUAUAGUGUACAGAAUUAUUCUACAAAGACGAAACAAAUUUUACUAUAAAAAAAAAUAGUGAUGGUGAAAGCAGAUUGUUGCCUUCUGUGUGGCGGCACUGUGUUUGAGAAAUGAUUUUCAGUGUUUCAUUUUAUAAGCAUAUAUAUACACAUAUAUGAAUAUAUUUUUAUUUAUUUGGUUUCAUUUUUGAAGGUAAAGUAUGGGUGCCUGUCAUGUUUAGUGCUGUUGAUAUAUUAUCUUUUCAAGACGGCUGCUCUUUGGUUUGGUUCUGCUUUAACAGCUGGGGUUUUGUGAGGAAAGCCUUAUUAGGUUUUGAUUAUUUUGCUGAUGCUGCCCUCAGCAUCUUUCUAUCUCUUUCUUUUCCCCCUUUCCCUUCCUGCGACUUUGAUUUAAUGAUCUAUAGCUCUCAAGUGGGAUCCUUUAGGAUACUAAAGCGUUGAUAUAUUUUCAUCGUACACAAUUGUAUAUACUGUACAUUUAUAUUCUUGUCGAGCUGUUAACUUAUUUUUUUAUGUGUUUUGAUUUCCCUUCUUUUUUUUUUUCCAACACAGCGGUUAUUUUGUGACGUACUCUUUAGAAAGGGUCAGCCAGGAGAGAACAUAAAUAUCACACAGUAUCUUACAAUGAGCACUCUGUGGCUCGUUAUUAAAACAGGGUCUCUUAUAUUGCUGGAGGGGAAACACAUCACGGCCUGUGAGUCAAGUCUGUAACCAUGCUGCCGUACUUUUCUGAUCACCAAAACUGAAUGUGGUAAAAACUGCAGGUUGGCCAUCUCGGGAUGCUAAAACGACACCUAUUGGAUUUAAAUGUUUCGCAAUCUUCAAAGCGUUUGAUAAAAUAUCAAUGCCAUCGCAUCUGGAGUUAACGAUUUCAUGUUGUUGUCUGUAGCUAAACAGUUCUAUGUUAUUCCAGGGGCUGUUUCUCUGAGAUGUUUGUCGAUACGACGCCAAACCUUUUUCGACAUCAGGAUUUCGAUGUCAACGGAUUCUCUUGCCUCUUUGCAGUACCACAGACAUUUGCAAAUGACAUAUUAAAAUGUAUGUUUAGAUUAAGUAUUAAAUAAAUAUCAGAACCUUC